AUGGGUCGUAGUGACACCAAGUCGAUUGAGCAACUGGUGGAGCUGGUGAAGCAGAAGAACGGAGAACACCCUGUGGUCGUCUACUCCAAAACAUGGUGCCCAUACUGCAUGGACGUGAAACGGCUCCUUUCCAAGCUUCACACUAACAUGCUGGUUGUGGAGCUGGAUGAACUAGUGGAGGAAGACGAGCUUCAACAAGCUCUGUAUGAUCUCACAGGCCAGCGCACCGUUCCCAACGUCUUUAUUGGUGGAAAGCACAUUGGCGGCUGUGAUGCAACGGUGUCAUUGCACAUGCAGGGCAAGUUGGUUCCUCUGCUGGCUGAAGCAGGUGCUAAGGAGUGA